AUGAGCUUCGUCCGAGGAGAACAGCCUGCGAAAUCAUAUAAUGAUCUUCUUGAUGAAGACAAGGAGGCCCUGGAUUUUGAACGAGCAAGAGAAGCUGACGGAAUACGUAAUGUGCUCACUUGGAUAAUGGAUCACAUUAGCCCUUUAUACCUUCAAACCUGUGCCCCUGCCUUGGUCAAACCUGACGAACGAGAUAACCUCUACCUCUUCGUCAAUAACUUACGAGAGGCAUGCGGUCUAACUGACGCCAAAAGACGAAGACGAGCACAGGAACUGUACUUCAAGGCUCUCAAGGAAGCCGAGAACUCGAACAAGAGGACCGACUGGGAGAAAUGGAUUACCAAUUGGGAACAGGCGAUUACGAUAGCAAGACUUCGAAAGGUCCCUGCAGCCUGCGGUUCUGAGUGGUUCAAAGACCUCGAGCGGCACCUGGAUUCGAGGUUCGAAAUGCUGUUACGGCUAGAGAAAAGCCAGAACCGCUCAGCAAUAAACGAAGGCACCUACGAACCGGCUGUUUUCAGCACAGAGUUCAGGGAAGAGAUCCUAAUGAGAAGGUCACAAAGUCGAAGAAAGAGGACUCGGAGGAAGAGACGAGGCUCAAACGGAUGA